GUGCCCGGGACGGGCAUCCCGUUUGGGGACAGGAGUGUGACGCUGCCGCCAGAGAGCCUGCAGAGUUCCGGGUUGCGCGGCCAAGCAGGAAAAGGUGUACCCUUCUAGAGCCACCCUCUUGCAGUCUUGAGCCUCGGGUCUGAAUGCAUCCUUUCCCCCUGAGAAGAGAAGAUGUGGAGUGGGCUGCUGCCUCCUGGCCUAAAUGAGAGUGAUGUCGAGCCGAGUUCGGAAGACGAAGACGCCUCAGAGAACUCGGGACCCAGCUUACAGGCAGAGAAAGAAGAUGGGACCGUUACAGAAACGGAGGUCUCGGAUUUCCCCGCAGGUGGACCAAAAACUGAUGCAGAGGCGCAUGCGAACGCGUAUGAGGAGUGUCCUUCUGGAGUUCCCUUGCCCGCGUGGCAUAAAUUUCAAGAAUUGCAUAAAAAGCACUCUGAACAGAAAAUUUCAACUUCAAAGUUCAGAAGGAAAAAGAGAAAGCGCUCCAGAAAAGGUAAAUUGAAGAAUGAAGAGUCUCAUAGUGAACAGGCCUCAAGGGAAGGGCAGUGGAAGGAACUUACUCAGUAUUUUGGAGUCAACGACAGGUUUGACCCUCCUGUGAAAAAGAAAAAAGUUGAGAAGUCGGGCCUUGAAAAGCGCAUCGACCAGGCUGUGGACGAGUGGAAUAUUGAGAAGGCGGAGGAACUCAGCAACCAGCUGGCCACCCGAGACCUUGGUGUAAAAAUUGCCAAAGCAAUCGCCUGCCAUAACUUCGUAAAAGCCAAAAAGGAAGCUGAGAAUUCACAGGUUGCUCGAAAGAAGAAGAAACUUGCAUGGGGGUUUGAGGCGAAGAAGAGAUGGGAAACCAAGAGCAACAUGGGGUACAUGUGACCUGCCGCGUCCUUCCAGACGUCUGUCUUUCCUGGGGUUGUGCUCGAGUCUGCAGUUGCUCGGCUGGCCGAAAAGACACUCCUGCCUGUGUUAAAUAUGUCAGAAAAUUGGUAGAAGUAGGACAACAAGCAUAAAAUCCGGGGGUUGAUUAUCAGUCUUUUUCUAGAGUUCAUUCUAUUGAAGUGAGUGGGAUGGAACGUUCUGGUGGGUAGUUGUGCGGGGACUUGGAGCAUACACACGGGGAAAGGGUCGGGGUUUGUUUAUUUGUUCACAGGGACCUACGUUAUACAGUCGGUUUUACUUUCCAUCCAUCUGGCACAGCGUAGCCAGUGAGCUCCCUGUGCCUUCUUACCUGUACUCAGUGUAACUGCACUUUUCCGGAAUUGUGUUUUUUAAGAUUGGCAUUUGUUUAUAAUGGAUUAGUCAUAAAUGUAAGAAAGUCUCAAUGGAUGCUGUUUUACAAACGACUGUAUCGUAAUGUUUUAGAAGCAAUUAUUGGUUCUUUAUUGGAUGCAGUAGAGUUGAUACUUGACAGUCACGUAAUAAAAGCAAUUGGUUAGUUUUAGUGUACCUUCAGAUAAAAUAUUGCAAUAAAAAGACAGAAUGUAGUGUUUGGAGGAUGAUUUAAAUCCAGCUCUGCUUGGAAACGUUUUCCUAAAUAUCUCUGAGUUGUGUCAUUCUUUAAAUGAUGAGCUGAUUCUUAGACGAGAAAAUGGUAUAAUUAUAUUAGAAUGUUAUUACUGAAGACAAUACAACUUUGGACCUUCUAA